AUGGCGGGCACCAGCGACGACAUGGGGUCCGAUUAUACCACCUGGAGCAAUUCCAGCCUCAUUGAGCGCAUAAUGGAACUUGAACGACAGCUACAGUCCCAGGCCACACAAUUAACAGCCCCAGCCUCGGAUUCUUCAGAAGCGGCACCCUGCGCACCCGUUUCCACUGAUAUCGCCGAGCCUGCGAUUCCUCUCGCCGAUUCCUCGAACAAACCCCAAAAGAAGCGGGAGCAUUCCCCAGAAGGAGAUAUUUGUCAUACACCUGGGGCUAUGCGUGCCAUAAAGGCGAGGAUUAAGGAGAAGGAGCAUCGUGAUUUCGAUCCGUCGAAAUACAGCACGCGUUUCAUUGCGCUGAAAUUUGCCUACUUGGGGCAGCGGUACAAUGGCUUGGAGCAUACCAAUGGAAACGCCACACCACUUCCAACCAUUGAGGAGGUUAUAUGGAAGGCAUUGCGUCGCACACGCCUGAUUCUCCCAGAGACUACAUCUGAGGAUGAGCCAGAUGACGUUGAGCCGCGGGCUUUCCGUCCCUACUCCAUUUACUGGGAUGGGUGUGAUUACUCAAAGGCAGGUAGGACAGAUCGUGGUGUGAGCGCAUUCGGACAGGUCAUUGGUAUUCGGGUCCGAAGUAACCGGCCUAAACCCAAACCAAACGUCUCUGUUGACCAGGAGAGUCAACUUUGCGAGGAUGCGAUGCAGGUCGAGGAGUCAGCCGCCAACAAGGAUUGGGAUGAUGUGGCCGACGAAAUUUCCUACCCCAAAAUUCUGAAUAGGGUGCUUCCUGAUGAUAUUCGAGUCCUUGCUUGGUGUCCCAACCCUCCACCUGGGUUCGAUGCUCGUUUCUCUUGCCGCGAGCGGAGGUAUCGAUACUUCUUCACCCAGCCUGCAUUUUCGCCAACACCCGGCGCAUUUGGGUUGGAGAACCGCAUGGGUAAUGCUAAGGGCUUGCCUUCCAAGUACCGCGAGGGCUGGCUAGAUAUUGAGGCUAUGCGCGAAGCUGCAAAACUUUUUGAGGGAACACAUGACUUUCGGAACUUCUGCAAGCUGGAUACUAGCAAGCAGAUCGAAAACUUCGAAAGAAUCAUUCACCAUUCUGACAUAGAACUCGUCAAUCCGAAGACCAACCCCUUAGGCUAUGUUAGUCAGGAUGGAUUCCAGCUACACGAGGGCUAUGAAAAGAAUAUGGACAUGUCGGAGGAGCUCCCGGCUCCCAAUACCCCUCAAGUCUAUUCAUUCAAUCUAUAUGGUUCUGCCUUCCUGUGGCACCAGGUUCGACACAUGGUGGCGAUUCUCUUCUUGGUCGGCCAAGGGCUUGAAUCUCCAUCCUUAGUCGCUGAGCUUCUGGACGUUACCAAGAAUCCAAGGAAGCCUGCCUAUGAUAUGGCCUCCGACGCACCUCUGGUGUUGUGGGACACGGUAUUCCCGGAUGAGAGCAAGAAUGCACGGGAAGAUGCCCUCAACUGGAUUUAUGUCGGCGACCCUCAACACAAUCAAACCCGCAGUGCUAAAGGCGAUGGCAAGUUUGGAAUGAAGGGUGUCGUUGAUGACCUUUGGUCGGUAUGGAGACAGCGCAAGAUGGACGAGAUCUUGGCUGGUGCACUUCUAGACUUGGUUGUCAGUCAGGGCGAUCAAAGCUUGAUGCAGAACAUGGACGGGAAACAAGGAAGCAGCAAGAAGAAAAGCAGGGGCGCCAAGGUCUGGCUUGGGGCGAAUGAAGCUCGCGUUGGGGGAAACUAUGUCCCCGUCAUGAAAAAAAACAAGUUGGAGACCGUUGAAGUCCAGAAUGCCAAGUGGUUGGUGGCAAAAGAACGCAAAACGGCGCUUAAAGUUGCCGAGGCGAAGGUGGAAACAACAUUAUAA